CGAUUACAGUUCAUUACACCCCAAUCACACCAAAGAUCCCCAAACCCAGAUGCCUCUCUCAUACCCUCGGAGCGAAGGGAAACCUUGAGAGUGGGCGGAAAGAAGGUUACCGCUUGGAGGGACACUGGGGCUCAAGUGUCAACUAUCCACCAAUCCCUAGUGAACCCCAAACUCAUCAACCCCGAGGCUACAGUGACAAUUCAACCCUUCGUGUCACAGUCUGUAACCUUGCCUACAGCCACGUUGCAUGUCCAGUACAAGGGCUGGUCAGGAAUGUGGACUUUUGCAGUCUAUGACAAUUAUCCCAUUCCCAUGCUGCUGGGGGAAGACUUGGCCAACCAUGUGAAGCUAGCCAAGAGGGUGGGAAUAGUCACCCGCAGCCAGGCUAAGCAAGCUUUCACCCCCAUCCCUGUUCCUGAGCCGUCCACCAGGGCCCCGUCUGUGUUACCGGAGACCCAGACAAAGGUGGUGGAACUGGAUCCCCUGCCAACAACUGCAACAGCCGUAGUGAAUCCAAUCCCAGAGACCCAGCCACAGCCAGUCCCAGAACCGGAACUGGCAAUGCAACCAGCACCAGAACCAUUGCCAGCCCUGAGUCCAGCGCUUGCAAACCCGUCUACAACUCCAAUGCCAGAGGGCACCAGCGAGCCUGACCUGGCGGAAGCAGCAGAUAACCCUACCCAAGAGACUCAGCCAGAGCCUGAAAUCCCACAUAGUGCACCAGCGGACAGCGGUUCACAGUCAAUGAAAACAGCCCCAGCACCUGCAUCGCUUCCAGAGGGACCAAGCCCCAGUCCACAGUCCAAGGAGGAACUGAUGUCUCCAGCAUCAAGGGAACAGUUCCAGGCCGAGCAGGAAGCAGAUAACAGCCUUCAGAAAGCUUGGGCGGCGGCGCGGAGCACCCCACCGCCUCUCAGCUCUUCUAACCGAUCCCGGUUUGUUGUAGAACAAGGACUUUUAUACAAGGAGACUCUUUCUGGUGGGCACCAGAAAGACUGGCAUCCUCAAAGGCAGUUGGUAGUUCCCACUAAGUAUCGGGUAAAGCCCUUGAGCUUAGCCCAUGAUCAUCCCAGUGGCCAUUCUGGGGUGAACAGAACCAAAAACCGGUUGGGGAAGUCCUUCCACUGGGAGGGAAUGGGCAAGGACGUUGCUAAUUAUGUCCGGUCUUGUGAGGUGUGCCAACGAGUGGGAAAGCCCCAAGACCAGGUUAAAGCCCCUCUCCAGCCACUACCCAUAAUUGAGGUCCCAUUUCAGCGCGUAGCUGUGGAUAUUCUGGGUCCUUUCCCAAAGAAGACACCCAGAGGAAAGCAGUACGUACUGACUUUCAUGGAUUUUGCUACCCGAUGGCCGGAAGCAGUACCCUUAAGCAACACCAGGGCUAAAAGUGUGUGCCAGGCAUUAGCAGACAUUUUUGCCAGGAAAAUUAAACGUUUGCCAGUUUACAGCCCAGGAAACAGAUGACGCGGAGUGGCCUAAAGGUGUCUACUACAAAAAAAAAAAGGAUGGUGGCGUGGAAAAGGUAAACCUCUCCAUAACCCUUGGACGUCUGCAGCAACAGCAGAUCAAGGAGCUGUGCACAAGCUUUGCACCAAUUUUCUCAGCCACUCCACAAUGGACCGAACGGGCAUACCACUCCAUUGACACAGGUAAUGCUCACCCUAUUAGAACCCCACCCUACCGGGAGUCACCUCAUGCCAAAACUGCUAUACAAAGGGAAAUCCAGGACAUGCUACAGAUGGGUAUAAUCCGCCCUUCUAAAAGUGCAUGGGCAUCUCCAGUGGUUCUAGUUCCCAAACCAGAUGGGGAAAUACGCUUUUGCGUGGACUACCGUAAGCUAAAUGCUGUAACUCGUCCUAACAACUAUCCAAUGCCACGCACAGAUAAGCUAUUGAAAAAAUUGGAACAUGCCCAAUUCAUCUCUACUUUAAACUUAACCAAGGGGUACUGGCAAGUACCACUAGAUAAACCCGCUAAGGAAAGGUCAGCCUUCGUCACCCAGGCAGGGGUGUAUGAAUUCAAUGUACUCCCUUUCGGGUUGCAAAAUGCACCCGCCACCUUCCAAAGACUUGUAGAUGGUCUCCUAGCGGGAUUGGAAAAAUCUGCAGAAAUAACAAAAAACUUCUUCGGUGGAGUUUAGCUCUCCAACAUUUUCAUUUUGAAAUACAACACAUUUCGGUAGCUUCUAACAAAGUGGCUGAUGCACUCUCCCGGCAAAGUUUCCCACAGUUAACUGGUUAACAAUUGUUUUUGGAAUAAAACAUAUUGUUAGUUUUUAUAUAAUCAGUAGUAUGUCUAAAGGUACAUGUGUCUUAUUAACUCUGUUUUCUCCUAGAACUCCAGGGAAAAAUCACAGCCAGUGUGGAACCGAACAUCCAACACUAUCUGUGAUUUGGGGGGCGUGUCAUAACUAUAAAGGGAAGGGUAAUAGCUGUCCUGUGUACAGUACUAUAAAUCCCUCCUGGCCAGAGACUCCAAAAUCCUUUUCCCUGUAAAGGGUUAAGAAGCUCAGGUAACCUGGCUGGCAUCUGACCUAAAGGACCAAUAAGGGAACAAGAUACUUUCAAAUCUUGGGGGGGGAAGGCUGUUGUUUGUGUUCUUUGUUUGGGAGUUGUUCGUUCUCGGGGACUGAGAGGGACCAGACAUCAAUCCAGGUUCUCCACAUCUUUCUAAGCAAGUCUCCCCUAUUUCAAACUUGUAAGUAAAUAGCCAGGCAAGGCGUGUUAGUUUUCCUUUGUUUUCUCAACUUGUAAAUGUACCUUUUACUAGAGUGUUUCUCUUUGUUUGCUGUACUUUGAACCUGAGACUAGAGGGGAGUCCUCUGAGCUCUUUAAGUUUGAUUACCCUGUAAGGUUGAUUUCCAUACUGAUUUUACAAAGAUAAUUUUUA